AUCAUGUUAUCAUCAUCAAGUACAUUGAUUACAUAGGUGUCAUGUAAUCAUCAUCAAGAACAAUCAAAUUGAUUAAAUGUGAAAUCAUGUUAUCAUCAUCAAGUACAUUGAUUACAUAGGUGUCAUGUAAUCAUCAUCAAGAACAAUUAUAUUGAUUACAUAGGUGUCAUGUAAUCAUCAUCAAAAAUAAUUAUAUUGAUUAAAUAUGCCAUCAGGUAACAAGAAGACAAUGAUGGAACCACUCCCGGAAGGCAUUGAGUCAGAGGAGAUCCAAGGAUGGUAGGCAAAUGUUGAUCAUCAGAUUUUUAAAUGUGUCAUGAUUUGAUUUGAUUAUUAUUGUACUUCCGCAUUACUCUGAAAAUAUUUUUUAAAUGGGUCGCGAUCUAGAGUCUGUAAAUUUGAUAUUUAUAAGCUCCUGGUACGAACCACCCUACUGCCGUGACUACACCCUGUUUGCUGAAGAACAAAUCGAAGCAAACAAGGUGGCAAUUCGAGAAAGAGCGAAACUUCUCAAAUCAGUCCGGAAGGAAAAGGAGUUCAAAAGGAGAUUAUGCGAAGGAUCAGAAAUGAUGCAGAAAAUGAUGUACGACUUUCAAAGAGAGAGACUAGAAGCUGAGUCUAAAGCCGAUAAAUUAGUCAAUGAUCUCUGUUAGAAUAAAGGCCCAACGCUAGAGGGGGGGUGAAUAGCGUUUAAAACAAAAUCGCAGGAAAUUAAAACGAGAGCGUUAAAGUAAAGAGCGUAAAGAAGGAGCACACCGGAUUUUAUCCUGGUUCACCACAACGUGUGGCUAAUCCAGCCCCCCGAGAGACUCUCUCGAGGCUAACUCCGUUAAGCUUAAGGGUGCUUAACAAACCGAUACAACUUGAGAACCCGAGUCACACGAGCCUCAACACCUUUGCUCGGAGAUACCGCACUCCAAGACUUCUCACGAAGGAACAAGAAACUUCCUUCGAGUUUACAACAAGGGAACAAACUCCCUUAAAGUGUAUGAAAACACUUAAACACUCAGGAAUGAAACUCUCACAAAGAGUAGAUAUGAGUGAACUAGUAAACGCUCAAGAACACGACAAUUUCUUCAAGAAUUGGCUCUUAAAUAGCUAAGAAAAAAUAGGAAUGAUUAUG